CUGGAGGACAGACGGCGGCAGCAGCGUUGGAUCGGCUUGUUGUUGCGGUCGGACCGGGAGUUUUUUUUCUUCUCCCUAUUCCCCCACUCUUGGUGCGCUCUUGCUCUUGUGCGCUCCUGGACGCGGUAAAAAGGAAUUGGGGAGGAAAAAAGAAGCACGACCAUGGGGUCAACAUCAUCAUUAUCACCGUUAUCUUCACCAUUAGCAGCAUCAGCACCGCACUUUACUUUUUUCUCCACCGCGCCGGAUCACGAGGAGAGCGCGCUAAAAUAAAACUGUGGCUUUUGUCGUCGAUUUCCAUUCCGGGAAACUUUUAUUAUUUUUAUUUUUUCAAUUAUUUAUCACAAAGCGAGAGGAAUGGAGAUCCCAACUUUCGUGCUGGCGAGUAUUGCUGUGCUCUUCGUUGGAGGGGAUAUUUUCACCUGGGCCAUGCUGAGUGACAUUGGGGACUAUGUAGGUACAGACAUUGAAAUAUCCUGGUUACCUAAUCUGGAUGAAUUAAUGAAGGGCUAUGCCAGAAAUUUUCGCCCUGGGAUAGGAGGUCCGCCAGUGAACGUGGCCAUGGCCAUCGAAGUGGCCAGCAUCGACCACAUCUCCGAAGCCAACAUGGACUACACCAUGACCGUGUUCCUGCGGCAGAGCUGGCACGAUGACCGCCUGUCCUAUAAUCAUACCAACAAGACGCUGGGGUUGGACAGUCGAUUCGUGGACAAGCUGUGGCUGCCUGACACCUUCAUUGUCAACGCCAAAUCUGCUUGGUUCCACGAUGUCACUGUGGAAAACAAGCUGAUCCGACUGCAGCCCAACGGAGUCAUUCUAUACAGCAGCCGAAUAACUUCGACGGUGGCAUGUGAUAUGGACCUGACUAAGUAUCCCAUGGAUGAACAAGAGUGUAUGCUGGACCUGGAAAGCUAUGGCUACUCUUCAGAGGACAUUGUGUACCACUGGUCAGAGAGUCAGAGACACAUCCAUGGCCUGGACAAAUUGGAGCUCUCCCAGUUCACCAUCACAGACUAUCGGUUUGUCACUGAGAUGAUGAAUUUCAAAUCUGCGGGACGAUUUCCGAGACUCAGUCUUCGCUUCGAGCUGAGACGUAAUCGAGGUGUCUACAUCAUCCAGUCAUACAUGCCUUCGAUUUUACUGGUUGCCAUGUCCUGGGUGUCAUUUUGGAUCAGCCAAUCCGCCGUCCCUGCUCGUGUAUCCUUAGGAAUUACGACUGUUCUCACAAUGACCACACUGAUGGUGAGCGCCCGCUCCUCGCUGCCUCGAGCCUCGGCCAUCAAGGCGUUAGACGUCUACUUCUGGAUCUGUUACGUGUUUGUGUUUGCUGCACUCAUUGAGUACGCCUUCGCUCACUACAACGCUGACUACCGACUCAAAGAGAAGGCCAAGGUGAAGGCCAACAAGCUCAGCUCUGAGUCCAUUGUGAAGAACGGCAAACAGGCCAUGGUUCUGUUUUCCCUGUCGGUCACCGGCAUGAACCAGGGCGUGAUGAUUUCCAACCGCCACGGGCGGCCUCAACGCUCCAGCAGCGAAAUCCCCGGGGAGGGUGGCAGCGAGGAGCCUGAGCCAAGAAGGAGAAGGUCCAGGCAGGCAGAGGAGAGCACGGAGGAGGAGAAGAAAUGCUGUUCCAAGUGCGUCUGCAAACCUAUUGAUGCUGACACCAUCGACAUCUACGCCAGGGCUGUGUUCCCUUUCACGUUCGCCGUGGUGAACGUGAUCUACUGGGUGGCGUACACCAUGUGAAGAGGAGGCAGCAGGUCUGUGCGAGUGGCUGCCAUCCAGGGCUGUAUAUAAGAAACUGCUGGAGUUGUGCCACUUCAAUGCUGGCAGACUGGUGCAGCUGAAAUAUACAUACAGGCCUCAGUAAAAAAAACAAAAAAAAAAACUUCAGAGGAAAUGAAGUGUUACGGCCUGUGAAUAUGGAAAUAUGGUAAUUAAUGGAAGUAGUUUUGAGUUUAAAAAGUGUUAACAGGACUUCAUAUAUUUAAAUACAAAUACAGAAAUGCGCUAUAUAAAGGCAAAGGACUGUGUUGCCUGUUGGAGGUUCACAUACACAGUGAAUCCAGAUUUUGAGAUUUACAUCCUGUUAUAUGGACUCAAUACAGGACACUACAACAAAAUAUCCUGCUUGAACACCUGAAGUAUUGACCACAAGCUCACAUCUAGCAAAUCUCAUAAAAAAAGCAUAGUUAUCCUAAAGCUAGGGUAGGCAGUUUUCUCAAAAAGGCAAACAACGCCAGAAUUUGAAGAUACGGCCCUCCUCCUGCAGCUGCCCCCUCUCUAUCCGAAGCCCCUCCCGACAGACGAGCAUGGGCAUAUGCACGCGCUUCAUACAAUGAUCCCGUACAAGUAUGAUUCAUUCAUUUCAUCAUCCCCAUCAUCUGAUGUCCUUAUAUAUCCAUGGAUUUAUGCGUCCUGUUUUCUUUGCAACUUGUGGGGCCUUCAAAGCCCUUUGAGAUGACUUGGGGCUUUAGCUAGCAACAUAAACAUGAAUUUGAAUUAGCUGCAGUCAUGGGCCUUGUGCUACGGUUAGCAGAAGGCUCAACUAUAAGCAACAUUUUCUCUCUAUCUCGGAAGCAUUAUUAUGCUUUUCUUGGCACGACCCGGUCUGAGUAACAUUGAAGCACUUGGAUUUUCCCAGGGGUCCAUGCUGGUGCAAAGUACCAGUACCAGAUUUGUUCAGGUCCUAUCCUCUUACCAAUGGGCCAUCCUAACCUUAAUGAGCCAAGGUCAAUGCCCAACUUUAACCAAUCAGGCACCUAAACAGGGCAGGGUCUUUCCAAGAAAAGCUGUGGAUUCAUAAUCAGGUACAUUUUAAAUGCUUCGCUGAUAUUGACAUGUGUUUUAUUGUGUUUGUCAGAUUCUAAUUGAAAGGGGCAGGGUUUAGGUCCUAUACCUCAGCAGGCCAGCAGGGGGCUACCAUGUUGUCCAUCUUUAUAUACUGUAUAGUCUAUGGGAUGUGCAAGUACAUCUGCAUUUGUAGAACGGCCAGCAGAAACACCCUCUGUCUGAUACCCCUUUUCAAGUAAGGCAGUUCGAGGGCCGGUGCCUAAUUUCGAACCAGUUCCUUGUGUUUUUACAGCCAAAAAAAUGGCUCCCGGCCAGGAAAACUGGUUCCACAGCAGCACAAACUCUUUGCCUGUCUCAAGCCACUGUCAGGGGCUGGGGGUGGGAUUAUUAUGACCAACAUGACCAGUGACAAUGCUGUGGCAGCUUCACUAUAGAUGUGAAAUCAAAGCUAUGGUUCGUGGGGAAGACAAAGCGUCUCCUAGCAGUAUGGUCCUUGACAGAAGUUCACUAGAGUUUCUGGGAAAGCGGAGACAUGUUCAGACAUAUACAGUAACAUGACAACAUGGCUCUCUAGCCUGUCACAGCGCCAGCACUAGAACAAGGUUUGUGUCGUUGAAAAGGGGUAUGACAUGACCUGUGAUUGGCCAAAGUUUCACAUCAUGGGAUAGAUUUUAUAAAGCCUGAAAACAAAGCCAAGACGAGUUGCAGACAUCUAGUUUUAUCUGGGAACCCUUGCAUAACAAUAUGCUAAAAUAUUGUUUUGGAACUUUUGCCCAAUAACACCCCCCCACUACAAAAUGCCUACCCCAGCUUUAACUUACUCACAGCAACAAUCUGGAGUGAACCGCCUGUUAUCUCGAAAAACCAAAAGCACCGCCCAAACUAGAGGAUAACAAGAUGAGGUGUACUACUAUUCUGCAUGGCUGAUAACUCACUCACCCUCUUCCCGCGCCAUCGCCACCCCCUCUCUUCCUCUCUCUCCUUAGGUCCUCCACCCAUUUUUUUUUUUCCAAUUCAUUUUUCGUUCACGACACUGUCUGGGGUGUCUUAUCUCAUUCUGCCAGUUCUGCCUGUUUCCUCACCAUUAAAGGACUUCCUUUACUACC